AUGCGAGGAACUACGACGAUCUACGAGGAGAAACAGCGGGCCAUCGAGGAGGAGCUACAUGACAAGAUGCGAAGGCACUACUAUGAAUGGGGUGAGUGGAUAGGGCAAGUUGAAGGCUACAAUGUGGUGUUAUUCUUUUCAUACAGUACAGAAGCUAUGCCUGAAGAGACCGCAUACAGACUAGCGAUGGCAGUAAGGACGACAACGACAACGAUAAGUGCACGGGCGACAGUGACAAGUGUAGUGACGAUGACGAUGGCACUCAAUGUGGAUCGACGGCCGUGUAAGGCAAGACUUGCUGUUCGAUGGAGACGAGGCAUGAUGAGCGCAGGGAAAGCAGAUGUGCACGACGAAGUGCGAGUGACAGCCGUUGAACGACAACUUAGAAGAAAGAACGUAUCGACUUACAGCGCAGCGAGUGCAAUGACUAUGGAUAGACAGCGACACCGAAGGAGGAACGCAUCGACUUACGGACCAACGAAUCCGACUAACACGAGGGAAUACGAAAUUUCACAAAGUACCAACGAAUCAUUGAGCAAUGAAAUGCCUACAGUACGAAGUUGCUUCGUAGGACGACAUACCGUCAGACAGUUAGCGAAGGGAAACAGCAUCUCCGUGUUGGAUGUUGCGCAGAGGCAUGGUGAUGUCUCAUUUGGCUUGGGAAACGUCACCAACAAGCAGAACGUGUUGGAUAUAUUGAAGAGAUUGGGGGAUGUAUAUAUCGCGAACAUCGGAGGCACUCAAUCUGUCAUCAACGCGGCUGUCACAGCGGGUAUCCUACCUUGCCUGGAAGAGCCAUUCGACACAUAUAAUGAUGUCCAGGAGAUGUUCGGGCCCAGCCAAGUGAUCAGUGGCAGCAGUAGUCCGUUCGAUUAUACCUACAUCGAGAACAUCACUCACACGCACAGACUCACAGGGAACAAGCUCGUUCCUCAUCCCUCUUACUCUUCUGCCACGUCGAGCGAGCCCAGGCUAGGCCUCGACAGUGCGACAACGAAGCUCAUCGAAUCUCUAUGUGGUGCUCUCCCUCCCAUAUGUGCCGCAACCGAAUAUCACCGCGCAGUACAUGGCUCUGUGCAGACACUCGGUCCUUGUGUCACUCCUGCACCCAAUGCUGGGUCCAUCCUGUCUGUGUUCAACACCUCAUUCGACCUGCAUGGACCUGAGCGCUCCUUCGUCCAUUUUUGAAUCGAAGGAC